UUUCGCUGGUUCUGCACCGCUCCGGCGGCAGCCGCGGGGCUGCUCGCAAAAGGCUCCAAAUGUGAGCUAAGAAAGGAUUUACAGAUGAAUUCUGUGCGGGGAAUGCCUUGAGAGCCUGGAACAUCUCCCUCCCAAAAAUAAAAAACCCCAAAGGAAGCCAUGGAGCCGGCAGAGCUCGGUGCAGGAGGCAGAAAAAGCUCCCGGAGCCCGGAGCAGAGAAGGCACCGCUGGAGGAGCGCGUUGGGGUUUCUGUGUCUGCUCCCCGCGCUGGCUCUGCUGGCGGGGCUGGAACAUCCCGCUGGGGAAAUUCGGGAAAUCCGAGAAAUUCGGGAACGCUCCCCAGCCCCGGUGCCGCCGCCUCUCCCGAGCCCUCCGCGGGCGCGGAGCAAACGCUACACGAUCACCCCGGGCCGCCUCCGGUGGCACCGCUUCAACCUCACCUACAAGAUCGUGUCCUUCCCCCGGAACCUGCUGAGUGCCCGUGACACUCGCCGGGGCCUGGCGGCCGCGUUCCGCAUGUGGAGCGAGGUGUCCCCGUUCAGCUUCAGAGAGGUGCCCCGACACAGCCCCAGCGACCUCCGCAUCGGGUUUUACUCCAUCAACCACACGGACUGCCUGGAGUCACUGAGCCACCACUGCUUCGAUGGCACCACAGGCGAGCUGGCCCACGCCUUCUUCCCACCCCACGGGGAAAUCCACUUCGAUGAUCACGAGUAUUGGAUCCUGGGCAACACCAGGUUCAGCUGGAAAAAAGGGGUUUGGCUGACAGACCUGGUGCACGUGGCAGCCCACGAGAUCGGCCACGCYCUGGGGCUGAUGCACUCGCUGAACCCCAACGCCCUCAUGCACAUCAACGCCACCCUGACRGGCAAAAAGAGCAUCUCCCAGGAUGAGGUGUGGGGGAUCCACCGGCUCUACGGCUGUCAGGACCGGCUGGUGAUGUGCCCCUCCUGGGCACACCGAGGUUUCUGUGACAAGCGCAGGAAGCUGAUGAAGAAGCACUGCCCKUCCACCUGUGACUUCUGCUAUGAAUUCCCGUUCCCAACGGUGCCCCCCACUCUGCCCCCACCGAGGACCAAAACCAAGACAGUUUCUGAGGGCAGGAACGUCACCUUCCGCUGCGGGCAGAAGAUCAUCCAUAAAAAAGGCAAAGUUUACUGGUAUAAAGACCAGGAGCUUCUGGAAUAUUCCUACCCAGGUUAUUUAUCCYUAAAUGAAGACCACAUGAGCAUCAUUGCAAACGCAAUUAAUGAAGGAACUUACACUUGCAUAGUGAAGAAAAAAGAACGAAUUUUAACUACUUAUUCCUGGAGAAUCAGACUGAAGCACUGACCAGGCCUGGAAUGAACCCUUYAGUUCCUGCUGCUUCCAUUUUCUGGUUGUUUCUUUGGUAUUUUCAAUUUAAUCUCCAGUACUGAAACCGAAUUUUCCAUCAGCUGCUUCCUUACCUUGGGCACAAGAGACUCCCAGCCUGGUUAUUGGAAGAUCCAGCUCUUCCAGAUUGGUUUUAUUGACAGAGAAUUUAUAAAUUUUUUGCUGGACAGAGAAUUAAAAGCCAUUUUUGUAAGGACAGUGUCAGUUCCUUACCUUGGGCACAAGAGACUCCCAGAUUAGAUACUGGAAUGUCCAACUCCUCCAGAUUGGUUUUAAUGAUAAAGAAUUUAUAAAUUUUUUUGCUGGACAGAGAAUUAGA